GCCGCUGUUACUUUCUUGAGCGCGUACGCAUUUUUGCUUUGACUGUCUCGUGUGAAUCACGUCCUUUAUGUACAGCAAUUGGCGUAGUACGAGCGUGCCACUCAUACUGGUUCAGUGAGUUGUUAGGAGUUUUUUUUUCUUCCAGAGGGAAUGUCAAGCUCAGAAGUCCUGGCUGGUGAAGCAGAGGGGAACGGCGGCAUAAUGGCUCAACAGAAGAACCUAGAGGGCUAUGUGGGUUUUGCUAAUCUACCCAACCAAGUUUACAGGAAAUCAGUGAAGAGAGGCUUUGAGUUCACUCUGAUGGUUGUGGGAGAAUCUGGCCUGGGGAAGUCCACACUGAUCAACUCGCUCUUUCUCACCGACCUAUACUCCCCAGAGUAUCCCGGUCCUUCCCACAGGAUUAAAAAGACUGUCCAGGUGGAGCAGUCCCAGGUUCUGAUAAAGGAAGGAGGGGUCCAUCUUCUGCUGACCAUCGUCGACACGCCUGGCUUUGGGGACGCCGUAGACAACAGUAACUGCUGGCAGCCGGUGACCGACUACAUCGACAAUAAGUUUGAAGACUUCCUCAACUCAGAGUCACGGGUCAACAGACGGCUGAUGCCGGACAGCAGAGUGCACUGCUGCCUGUACUUCAUCGCUCCGUCUGGUCAUGGGCUGAAGCCGCUAGACAUUGAAUUCAUGAAGCGGUUACAUGAAAAAGUAAACGUCAUUCCCCUCAUCGCCAAAGCUGACACAAUGACUCCGGAAGAGUGUCAACAGUUCAAAAAACAGAUCAUGAAAGAAAUCCAUGAGCAUAAAAUCAAAAUCUACGACUUCCCAGAGACAGACAAUGAAGAGGAGAUGAAGAUGAUAAGAAAAAUUAAGGACCGUUUACCCCUUGCUGUAGUCGGCAGCAACACGAUCAUCGAGGUCAACGGGAAGCGGGUCCGGGGCAGGCAGUACCCCUGGGGCGUGGCUGAAGUUGAAAAUGGAGACCACUGUGAUUUUACUAUUCUCCGUAACAUGCUGAUAAGGACUCAUAUGCAGGACCUGAAGGAUGUCACUAACAACGUCCACUAUGAGAACUACCGCAGCAGGAAGCUGGCUGCUGUCACCUAUAAUGGAGUUGACAACAAUAAGAACAAGGGCCAGCUAACGAAACCUGACACACCUGAUGGCAUGAGUCCUCUAGCUCAGAUGGAGGAGGAGCGGCGUGAGCAUGUGGCCAAGAUGAAGAAGAUGGAGCAGGAAAUGGAGCAAGUGUUUGACAUGAAGGUCAAAGAGAAGAUCCAGAAGCUCCAAGACUCUGAAGUGGAGCUCCAGAAGCGUCAUGAGCAGAUGAAGAAAAACCUGCAAGCUCAGUACAAAGAGCUGGAAGAGAAGCGGCGUCAGUUUGAGGAGGAGGUGAACACCUGGGAGACCCACCAGAGGAUCCUGGAGCAGCAGAAGCUAGAACUUAACAGGACCAUUGACAAGGGCAAGAAGAAGAAGAUCUUUUAAUCUUUCUCUGGACUGUUGGUUCUGAUCUGCCAAUCUGCCAUCUGCUGAUCAAACUACUCCCACCGUUUGACCACCUUGUGUGACUAUCAAGUGAAAGCCAGUGGGCAGCAUAGUCUGAGUUUAACCUUAAAUAACCCUCAUUAUCUCUUUUCUGGAUCUAUUUUGGGGCAUACAAAUGUACGCAAAGAAGCAUGACUACUAUUUUAUCUUCCUGAUUCAAACAGACGGAGUUCAGUUAUUCUUUGCUCUUUGUUCUUUUGCUUUGGGAAUAUUUCAUGCUGCACAAUCUUUUCAAGCCAAAA